CAGAAGGGGUUUACUCUGAAUGGAAUCAACAGAAGGGAUUGAGAAAGGAGGGGAAGAGCUGGAGUAAAGAGGUGGAGGCGUGGAGGACAACAAGGAGCCCUAGCCAUCGAGAGAGGAAUUGGCUUUGACAGAGCUUCAGAGAAACACAGCAUCAGACGAAGAAGGAGUAGGUGCAAGGCAAGAAGAGGAAGGGCAAGACGAGAGAGGAGGGUUAAAGGGAGGAACUAUCCACCCUGAGCUAUUAAGCCUCCUGGUUCAGGAGCGUAGGAUUUAGAAAUCCUUGUAGGACACCGUCGAUAGAGCUGAUAUCGUGCUGAAUUACACUGCAGUUUUAGCCGACUUCUUGAGGGCUUGGGUUUCUCACCGAUCCCCCCAAAUUUCCUCCUUCUUUGACUUCCAACGCAGUAACCCAUGAGAUUCUUCCGGCUCACCUUUAAGUGCUUUGUGGACGGUUUCUGACUUUGCCCCCUCAACCCCUAGCCCCUUUUCUUCUUUCUCAUUUUUAGGGAUUUUUUCCCCCCCCCCGAUCCCUUUCAAUUGCCAAAUUGAUUGACUUUCUUUUAUAUUUUUAUUUUCUUUUUUGCUUCUCCUACUGUCGUUUUGUUUCUUUUACAGUAUUAUUUAUUUCUAAGGGGGCUUGUUAGGUCCACGAGCGGGUGGUAGGGAAGAUACCUGAGGAUCAAAGAACUGGUUGGGUAAGCUUUGUUUUUUUUUUGUUUUUUCUCGAAAAAAUGGAGAAGAGGAAAUUGUCCUUGGAGAAUGGCAGCUACAAUGUCAAUGUGGAUGAAAAAAAUGGACAACUCAUACCGAGCGGGAAUGGACAUACCGACUUCUGUCCUAAUGGCUCCAUCAAAGGGGGCAUCAUCUUUUCCUCAAAGUCUAGGGAAGCCAUUCCUGAGAGGGAAACCUGGACUCGGCAGAUGGAUUUCAUAAUGUCCUGUGUGGGAUUUGCCGUUGGACUUGGAAACGUGUGGAGAUUCCCCUACCUAUGCUACAAGAAUGGAGGAGGUGUCUUUCUCAUUCCUUAUGUCCUGAUCGCCAUCUUUGGUGGAAUUCCAAUUUUCUUCCUGGAAAUCGCCUUGGGACAGUUUAUGAAAGCUGGAAGUAUUGCUGUAUGGAAUAUAGCUCCUCUUUUCCAAGGUAUUGGAUUUGCCUCUGUGGUAAUAGUCUUCUUCUGCAACACAUAUUACAUCAUGAUCUUGACGUGGGGGGUUUACUACCUGGUGAAGUCCUUCACCUCGGUUUUGCCUUGGUCCAAUUGUAACAACACAUGGAACACGCCAGAGUGCCUAGAGAUCUUCAGACAUGAUGACUGUGGCAAUGGUACUGUCAACGCAACCUUUGGGAAUCUGACCUGUGAUGAGUUGUCGGACAGGGUAUCUCCGAUAACUGAAUUUUGGGAGAACAAAGUGCUGAGAAUUUCCAGUGGUCUGGAUGAUGUCGGUUCCAUCAACUGGGAGCUUCUUCUGUGUCUGCUGGCCUGCUGGACGCUGGUCUACUUCUGUGUCUGGAAGGGAGUGAAGUCUACUGGAAAGAUUGUCUACUUCACGGCCACGUUCCCGUACGUCGUCUUGCUCAUCCUCCUUGUUCGCGGUGCCAUGCUGCCAGGUGCUACCGAGGGCAUCAUAUACUACCUUAAGCCCGACUGGUCUAAGCUUGGCUCUGCCCAGGUGUGGAUUGAUGCCGGGACACAGAUCUUCUUCUCCUAUGCCAUAGGACUCGGAGCCCUGACAGCGCUGGGCAGCUAUAAUCGCUUUAACAAUGACUGUUACAAAGAUGCCUUCAUCCUCGCACUAAUUAAUAGUGGGACCAGUUUCUUCGCUGGCUUUGUGGUCUUCUCCAUUCUUGGGUUUAUGGCAAAUGAGCAGGGCGUGGACAUUUCCAAAGUGGCUGAAUCAGGGCCGGGGCUGGCAUUUAUUGCGUAUCCUCGGGCAGUGAGUCUGAUGCCGGUGGCACCUGUCUGGUCUGCUCUAUUCUUCUUUAUGCUGCUUCUCCUUGGCUUGGACAGUCAGUUUGUAGGUGUGGAAGGUUUCAUUACUGCCAUCCUGGACCUGCUUCCGGCGCGCUAUUAUUUCCGAUUCCAACGAGAAGUAGCCGUGGCCAUUUUCUGCGUGGUCAUGUUCCUCAUUGACCUCUCCAUGUUGACGGAGGGUGGAAUGUAUGUCUUCCAACUGUUUGACUAUUACUCUGCUAGUGGAAUGACUCUCCUAUGGCAGACUUUUUGGCAGUGUGUGGUCAUUGCCUGGGUUUAUGGUGCUGAUAGAUUCAUGGAUGACAUUGCCCGUAUGAUUGGAUAUCGUCCUUUCCCUUGGAUGAAAUGGUGCUGGUCUGUGAUCACACCCUUCGUGUGCAUGGCCAUAUUUAUCUUUAACCUAGUGAACUACAAGCCUCUGACGUACAAUAAGACCUACAUAUACCCAUGGUGGGGUGAAGCAAUCGGCUGGUGCUUUGCUAUGGCUUCUAUGCUGUGUGUUCCUGUGACCUUCCUUUACAAAUUCACAAGUGCCAAGGGGACACUGAAAGAACGUUGGCGUAGUCUGACUGAACCCGUCUGGGGAGCGCAUCAUUUAGAGUAUAUGGCACCAGAUCCAGAUGUCAAGAGCUUGACGAGCUUGAGCCCUGCGUCAGAUAGUAAGGUCAUCAUCUUCGAGAGUGUUAUGUGAAGUGAACAUCUACCACCUGCGAUCCUCUGAGGUUUUACUCCUGUCCUAAACUCCAUCUUCCGUCAAUGACCCGCGAUGAUAGAAACAGACACUAAAGUCCUACUCCCAAUGCAAACAUCUCCGCCCAAUGAUGAAUCAUCAAGUUGUGAAAUGAUUAUUCUGCAUUGGUGGAGGAAAUGUGAAGAAUUUGCCGCAAGGGUGGCUCUACUGCCUUCUAGAUAUGGCCCAUUUCAAGAAAGAUCUGAAAAUAUUCUUCUGUUAAUGUAAUCCUACCAAUUUGUGUCAUGGAAUACCAGGAAAGUUUUGGCUAUGGAAAGACUUUUUGAUGUUUCUAAUUAGAAAGCAUGAGGAGGCCAAAAAAGUGGACAGGUUGUUGAGAUCUUCCAAACCAACGUUAUUAUGAUGGCCCACCCCUGACAACUACUUCUGUCCAGUGGGCUGCUAGUCUUUUAGUUCUCUCAGCACCUUCUAACUACUGUAUCUAAUGGUAUUUCAAGUGUGAAUUAAUGGUAGAAUCUCACCAACCUGGACUAGAACCUUCAGCCUUACUAAGGGUGAUGUAGAAGGCUUUGAAGAAUCUCAUCGUAAUAGCCAAACACAUAGAACAGAUACCAUUGGGUAAUUCCAGAUUUAAGGGGGGGGUUUGCCAAAAGCUUUUUGGAUAUCAAAACAAAUCUCAUUCUUCCUUUGCUACCAGGAACACUCAGCCCGAAAUAUCCAUCAAAAGAAAUACCAGGGCAGGCGCCCAUCAUGCAAUGCGGCACAUCGUAUGCCAGUGUAAAUAAUACCGGUGUUUGGAAGGAUUGCUGUGACCGCGUGGUGUCAGCAAUCCACACAAAGCAAGACAGGUAUUAUUAACCCCUUAGGAAAUCAGCAUUACAUCCCGUUCAUGCACCCUCUGAAGUAAAGCGGGUUGAGGUGUCCAGGUCGUUUCACUUGCAUCACUGCAGACAACAGCAAAUGCUGUAUUUGCACUUUUUCUUGUUUUUUUGUUGUUAUUUUUUAUCAGUAUAUUUGUACAUGCAUGUUGUGUGUACAGGUGACCCCCGAGAAAGCCACCGGUAUUAACAGACAUGUGAAAAUACUAAAAUCGCUGCUUAUUUAAGUACCCGUCCCUGCUUAGAAGGGAGAUCUCUGCUGCUACCGGCACUGCUGUGGCCGACGUCCAUUUAGUGCCUCUAGGAAGAGUGAAACCUAUGCAUCAACCAAUGCAAUCAUCAUGAAGCUUUGGAAUAUAUAUAGUUUUUUUAUUUUUUAUUUAGAGAACGUGAAAGCAAUGUGGGCUAAAAAAAACGCAUCAAAGACCAGUUAGGUCUGAACGGGAACAUAAACUGAAAGCUUAAUACAUCCCUUUAACACAAGCUCGCAUAUCUUCACGUCCUGUGGUGAAGAUACAUUUAAGACAUUUUUAACCUCACGCAAUUAAAAAUUUGAUGCACUAAAGCCGCAUGCUCGUCAACAGUCCCAGUUUGUGGGCGGGGUUAUGCUUAAUUCGGCAGCAUUAUGGGGUCUCCUUAGGUUGAACAGAGGUGGGCCUUAAUAUGCAAUUUGGAAUGGAAAGAUUGGUAAGUGUGCAGCAGGGUCAGUACCGUAGGCCAUGGUGUAUCAUAGGAAAUCUCUCAAAUCUCCGAUAUUCCCAGAAAACUUGAAUUCUAAGAUUUAAUCUGAUAUUUUCAGAUAAAAUAUCAGUAACGGACUGGAAUGAUAUGCGCUUCCCAUCCCAGCAUGCUUAGCAGCAGAAUUACUAUGCUCAAGAGCUUUUUAAACAAAAGAAAAAAAAUCCAAAUUUCUAAUUUUGUAAUAAAUAUUUUUGUGCCGCAAAAAUGCAAUUUUUAUUUUAUUUUUUUGUGAUUACAGAUGUAUAGAGAUGAAGUUUUUAUGACAAAAGUGUAAAAAGAGCUAUAUUUU